AUGUUUAAAAAGUUUAUCAAAGUUGAAUUAAGGCGCAUCGAUGAGUUGCCUGAUACUUCCAUGAACUCGGCUGGAGACUGCAUGGUCAGAGGACAGAAACGGAAGGUCUCGGGCGAUGACGAGGGCUGUUUUAGACCAGCAAAGGAGAGGAAACUUUUUCACCACGUGCUCAAUGAUGAGGAGCAAGCAUCCUCCUCCGUGGAAAAAAGUAAAGAUCCAAAAACCAAGAUGUUUAAAAAGUUUAUCAAAGUUGAAUUAAGGCGCAUCGAUGAGUUGCCUGAUACUUCCAUGAACUCAGCUGGAGACUGCAUGGUCAGAGGACAGAAACGGAAGGUCUCGGGCGAUGACGAGGGCUGUUUUAGACCAGCAAAGGAGAGGAAACUUUUUCACCACGUGCUCAAUGAUGAGGAGCAAGCAUCCUCCUCCGUGGAAAAAAGUAAAGAUUGUUCCAACAGAAACUCACUGGCACAAAGCAGCAAGAGGAAAGCCACAAGUGAUGGAAAAGCAUCACUAGCAAAGAAACUGAAGAGCCUGGACCAGGAGGAGAUCAAAAAAUCUGUGUCUGUCUGUUCAGGUGAAUUUAAAGCCAAAUACGUGGAGCUGCACAAGCUUGGAAGAGGAGGGUUUGGAACAGUGUUUGCCGGCUACAGGAAAGAAGACAAUUUUCCAGUCGCUAUCAAACACAUUUCAAAGAGGUGUGUCCCCAUCAAAGCAAAGGCUGAGAACGGGAAGCAAAUCUCUGUGGAAGUGGCUGCUAUGCUCAAACUUGCAGCUGGAACACCAGGAUCAUCAGCAACCGUGUCCUUGCUGGACUGGUUCGAGUUGCGCAAGAAGCUGAUUCUGGUGAUGGAGAGACCUGUCCCUGCUGUGGACUUAGAUAAAUACAUCGAGGCAAAUGCAGAUACUAUAACAGAGGAGACAGCCAAAGUCAUUCUAAAACAAGUGAUUGAGGCUGUAAAAGAGCUUGAGGAUAAAAACGUCUUUCACCGGGACAUCAAGACUGACAACAUUCUGAUUGAGUCCGGCUCCGAUGUGCCUCGUGUUCGCCUCAUUGACUUUGGAGUGAGCUGCUUUUGUAACGAACGCUCACGGUACAGCGUUUUUUGUGGCACACCUGCUUACUGCCCUCCAGAGUGGUUGAUCCACAAGUCUUAUAGGCCUGGACCCACCACAGUGUGGCAGCUGGGAGUGGUGUUGUAUGAAACACUCCAUGAAGGAGCCGUCUUUAAUACAAAACUUUUCCUUAAAGAGAAGUUAAAAAUUAGCGAGGAGCUGUCUGAAAACUGCCAGGAUUUCUUGAAAAUGUGUUUCAACCUGGACCCCAAAAGACGCCCAAAACUGAAGGACCUCCUGCGUCAUCGAUGGUUCAGAUGA